GGCGUGGAGAUACGGUGAGCUGGAUGGAUCGACAGUUAUAACACUCGAUAAACGCAACGGAAAAAACACUGAUACACGUGCACGCGUAUAUAAUACACAAAAGUUCGUCUCUGUACAGAUCGACAUUCACCAACAGCUCUAGCUACAAAGCUAAAGGCUCCCUCAAGGAGGUUUCGCCGCCUCAAGCUUUCGACGUUUCGCCAGUUCGAUCUCGUGCUGCCUCCAAUCAGCCCGCAGCAGGAAGCUCUGCUUCUGCAGGUACCUGAUGGAUGCACGACACACAGGCAGAGAAGCAGAGUUUGCGAUUGGUGGUCUGCCUGCGUGUGUGUGUCGUCAUCCAUCCCACCCGUCCUUUGUCUUUUGUUUGAGCUCCUCCUCAAUGCCCGCCUGCUCCUUGAAGUUUUGCCUGGUGGUGGUGAGCGAAUGCAUGGAUGGAUGACGAAUCUCUAUGUCUGCUUGUGAGUGUAGGUGUACCACUCGACUGCAGACUUGUGGACCGAUGUGACGGCCUUCUGGCCGCUCAAACCUGACACACACACCACACACACCACGCCAGUCACAACAUAAUCAUGGCUGUCGUUUGUCAGUGGUCACUCACCUUUGAGCAUCUGUUCGAUGGCGCCAAAUUUGCCGCCGAGCUCCUGCUUCCUCUUUCUGUCCUGACCCUGACACACACACACAUCAGCAACCGCAUGAAUACAGUGUGAGCGUGUGAGAUGCAGCACAUGUGUGUUUGAUCUUGCCUUACCCUUUGGAACUUCUGCGCCUCUCGCGAGCUCUUAUCGACCUUCCUCUGCAGCGUGAUGGACUCACCGGCAAACCGCACCUGUUCCGUCACGGUCAUCUUCCCAGCAUCAGCAACUGCGUGACACACAUUAAGACAGAGAAGAAAGUGUGUCAAUGCGUCUGAGGUCGGCGACCAUGCCUCACCUUCGCCGAGAGCCCGCCUGACUGCCUCGGUGUCGAUGCCCUGAGAUGUCGACCGACUCUCCUGAAAGACCAGAAACACAUCACAUCAUCAUAUGCGUCGGCAAUGUUUGUUUACGCUCUCGCACCUGCUUGAGUGAGCGGACGUCCAGGUGGUCUGGCUCUCCCUUGACGGCAUUGUUGACCAGCCCAAUGUAGUGCUGCAGUUCGUUCUUGUAGAUGUUCUGCUUCCUGUCGGGCUUGGGAUGGCGCCUCUGGAACUGAAGCAUGAUGUCGCUCGCGUCAACCUGACAACAACACCUGAGAGCACUGACAGGCCAGACGCUGGGCACAGAUCUGGCUGGCUCACAGUGGGAGGGUGGAUGCCUUUCUUGAUUGACUCGAGCUUCAUCUCUUGGAACUCCUGGUUUAUCCUCGCCGCCUGGCGCUCCUUCUUGACCGCCUUGCGGUGCUCCUUUAUGUGUGCAGCCGCUCCUCUGCGUACGAACGCACAGACACAGAUCAAGAAUCAACGUGAGUAAAGCAUUGUGGCUUUCUCACCCGUCUUUGCCUUUCUUGCCCUUCUUGCCGUCCUCCUCCUCGUCCUCAUCGUCACCAUCAUCGACAUAGUCCUCGUCAUCCUCGUCGGAGUCCUCCCCGCCGAGCGCCGCCGCAUUGAGCAUGUCACUCCAACUCGCCAUCACUGACCUUUGCUCCAGGCUCCGACGAGCAGCAAACAAGCGGCUCUGGCCCUUUUGCUCGCAAAAGCC